AUGGCCCGGGCUCCUCUCCCAGCCAGCCGGGCCCUGCAGGUGGCCGUCAUCGUCCUCACCCUGGGUCCGAGCCGGUGCCGGGUUCAACUACAGAUGAACCCCGUCCCCCCGUCGCUGACGGUGGCCGUGGAUAGCGAGGCCACCCUACUCUGCCCGUACAAUAUCUCGGAGCCCGGGGCGACCGUCAACGUAACCUGGUACAGGAUCAUCCAGGGCAACUUCUCCUGGCCACCCAUGCGUGUCCCGAAAGAGAACCAGGGGCUCGACGGGGAGCUCAUCUUCUCCAAGGUCUCCAAGCAGGACGGUGGCAUCUACCAGUGCGAAGUGCGGGUGGCCAAUCUCUCCCAGAUGUCCUGCGGCACCUACCUACGGGUCAGAGACCUGAUGCCCAGGCCUUUCCUGGACAUGAACGAAGCAACCAAAAACCGGCUCAUCACCGCCGAGGGCAUCAUCCUGCUCUUCUGCGCUGUAGUCCCGGGGACGCUGCUGCUCUUCCGGAAGAGAUGGCAGAACGAGAAAUAUGGGGUGGAAAAGAGAGAUGGCUACGAGGAGGAGAACCUGUAUGAGGGCCUGAACUUAGAAGAUUGUUCCAUGUAUGAAGACAUCUCCCGUGGGCUGCAAGGCACUUACCAGGACGUGGGCACACUGAGGGUGGGAGACAUCCAGCUGGAGAAGCCGUGACCCCAUGGGCCCCGCCCCGCCUGGUCUCUGUGGCCUCACCCACCUCUCGCUUCACCUGCCAGGCUCCAGGCCCUGGCCUGAGCACCCCCUCCCCAUAAUCUUGGCACUCUCCCCAUGCCUCUCGAACCCCGAUCAUCCUCACGCCCGUCCCUCAGCCCCCUUCCUCCCUUGUUUUAAGAAUGGCUUUCCCCCGACCCUCCCCGCCUCUCCACCCCACCCCUGGCA